AUGCCAAUAAAAUUAAUUUCAUCUAAAACAAAUUCCACAUCGAUUGAUCAAAAGAAAUCAUUGGAAACAAAAAUCCACUGUAUAGGUUCAUUUAAUCAACAGUCAUGUUUAUUUGAAAAUUUAUAUUAUUUCAAUAGUGAAUUUAUAAUUCUUACAAUAAAUGGAACACAAUUUCCAUUAUAUUCAUUACGUAUAAAUUCAUUUUAUUUAUCACCAGUUGAAAUAAAAAAACGUGAAUUUAAUUCAUAUAUUGAUUUAGAAAACUUUGUUCGAACUAUUAUCGAACCAAUUAUAUUUCCAUCAGUAACAGUUUAUUUUAUUCAACUGUGGCAUGAUAAUAUUGGUCAUGCACUUUUCGAUGGAUUAUAUCCAGCUUAUGUUGCACUUAUUCGAUUUUCUCCACGACAUCUUCAACCAUUUCGAAUUCUUACAGAAUUAUCCGAUUGUAAUAAAUGUUGGACUGAAGAUAUAUAUCAUCGUUUUGCUGGUCUUGGAAUUAUUAAAGAACCAGAUCUAAAAGAAUUAUCAAAAACAAAAUGGUUUAUGUUCGAUGAAAUGAUUAUGGGUAGUGGAACAUUAUGUCAACGUUGUCUACAACCAAAUUUACAAUUAUAUGGUGGUGUUGAAUUAGAUGCUUCAAGACUUUUUCGUAAUAGAAUGUAUCAACAACAUAAUCUUAUUUAUCCAAUAACUCGACAAAAAUCUUCUUCUCAAUAUCGAACAUCUUAUGAUAUUCUUCAAGCAUAUAUUAUUCAUAAUAAACGUUUUACAGAUGGUGAUUUUCAUCAAAUUAUGAGUGCUAUUCAUGAAAUAAAUAAUUAUACGGAAUUUUAUUUAAAUAAAAAAAUUAAAUUAGAAUGGCCAUUAAUUAAUAUAUCUUAUCUUUAUUAUCAUGCGAUUAAACCUAAAAAUAUUAGUAAUAGAUUAUUUAUUGAAAAUAAAUUCAGUGCUCAAUUACGUGUUUUACGUCAAAUGGAUAUUCAUAUAAGUGCGCCAGGUACUGGACAAAUGUAUCAAACAUUUCUAUCAGAUGGAUCUAUUCAUAUUAAUCUUGGAAGUUCAAUAUCAGAAAAUACUGAAACAGUUACAACUUAUGGUGAACAAUAUAUGACAAGUGGAACGCCUUAUAUUAGAGGUCUUUAUUAUCCAAUUAAUGAACGAGUGAAAGGUAUUGAAAAAAAUCAAUUAGUUAAAUUAAUACGACAAGCAGGUGAACUUAUUCUACAAGGAUUUUCAUUACCAGUUAAUCCUCUAGAAAAUUUAGGAAUUGAUGGACAAUUAUUUGUUGAAAUGUGUAAAAAAGAUAAACAAUUUUGUUCUUUAGUAACAACAAGAACACCAGAAACAAACUUUGCAUGUUUACAUUUUUGGAUAGAAGAAUUUAUACAUGAAUAUCAUCAAUGGAAUAUUCGAGGUAUGAUUGAUAAGAAGAAUAAUAAAACUAUUAGUUGUUUAUAUAAUCAUACAUUAUUACAUGAAUUAAGAGAAAAAUAUGGAAUUGAACAUAAAGAUAUACAUAAUUAA